AUGGUAGUUGUUACGCUUGAAGGACCAGAUGUUGUUGAGGGUCCUGUUGUAGCUGUUACGCUAGACGGACCAGAUGUUGUUAUGGCUCCUGUUGUAGUUGUCACGCUGGAAGAACCAGAUGUUGUUGUGGAUCCCGUCGUAGUUGUUACAUUGAAAAGACCGGAUGUUGUUUUGAAGGUUGUUGUAGUUGUUGCCCUGGUGACGCUAGUUGUUGUACUGAUGUAUUCAGAAUGGGUUCUGGUUGGUGUUACUGUCGAUGUUGUAGGCCAUGUGGAAGUUGUUGGUGAUUCUGUGUAG